AUGAAUCGAAAUGCUAAGCGAAAUGCUAAGCGAAAUGCUAAGCGAAAUGCUAAGCGAAAUGCUAAGCGAAAUGCUAAGCGAAAUGCUAAGCGAAAUGCUAAGCGAAAUGCUAAGCGAAAUGCUAAGCGAAAUGCUAAGCGAAAUGCUAAGCGAAAUGCUAAGCGAAAUGCUAAGCGAAAUGCUAAGCGAAAUGCUAAGCGAAAUGCUAAGCGAAAUGCUAAGCGAAAUGCUAAGCGAAAUGCUAAGCGAAAUGCUAAGCGAAAUGCUAAGCGAAAUGCUAAGCGAAAUGCUAAGCGAAAUGCUAAGCGAAAUGCUAAGCGAAAUGCUAAGCGAAAUGCUAAGCGAAAUGCUAAGCGAAAUGCUAAGCGAAAUGCUAAGCGAAAUGCUAAGCGAAAUGCUAAGCGAAAUGCUAAGCGAAAUGCUAAGCGAAAUGCUAAGCGAAAUGCUAAGCGAAAUGCUAAGCGAAAUGCUAAGCGAAAUGCUAAGCGAAAUGCUAAGCGAAAUGCUAAGCGAAAUGCUAAGCGAAAUGCUAAGCGAAAUGCUAAGCGAAAUGCUAAGCGAAAUGCUAAGCGAAAUGCUAAGCGAAAUGCUAAGCGAAAUGCUAAGCGAAAUGCUAAGCGAAAUGCUAAGCGAAAUGCUAAGCGAAAUGCUAAGCGAAAUGCUAAGCGAAAUGCUAAGCGAAAUGCUAAGCGAAAUGCUAAGCGAAAUGCUAAGCGAAAUGCUAAGCGAAAUGCUAAGCGAAAUGCUAAGCGAAAUGCUAAGCGAAAUGCUAAGCGAAAUGCUAAGCGAAAUGCUAAGCGAAAUGCUAAGCGAAAUGCUAAGCGAAAUGCUAAGCGAAAUGCUAAGCGAAAUGCUAAGCGAAAUGCUAAGCGAAAUGCUAAGCGAAAUGCUAAGCGAAAUGCUAAGCGAAAUGCUAAGCGAAAUGCUAAGCGAAAUGCUAAGCGAAAUGCUAAGCGAAAUGCUAAGCGAAAUGCUAAGCGAAAUGCUAAGCGAAAUGCUAAGCGAAAUGCUAAGCGAAAUGCUAAGCGAAAUGCUAAGCGAAAUGCUAAGCGAAAUGCUAAGCGAAAUGCUAAGCGAAAUGCUAAGCGAAAUGCUAAGCGAAAUGCUAAGCGAAAUGCUAAGCGAAAUGCUAAGCGAAAUGCUAAGCGAAAUGCUAAGCGAAAUGCUAAGCGAAAUGCUAAGCGAAAUGCUAAGCGAAAUGCUAAGCGAAAUGCUAAGCGAAAUGCUAAGCGAAAUGCUAAGCGAAAUGCUAAGCGAAAUGCUAAGCGAAAUGCUAAGCGAAAUGCUAAGCGAAAUGCUAAGCGAAAUGCUAAGCGAAAUGCUAAGCGAAAUGCUAAGCGAAAUGCUAAGCGAAAUGCUAAGCGAAAUGCUAAGCGAAAUGCUAAGCGAAAUGCUAAGCGAAAUGCUAAGCGAAAUGCUAAGCGAAAUGCUAAGCGAAAUGCUAAGCGAAAUGCUAAGCGAAAUGCUAAGCGAAAUGCUAAGCGAAAUGCUAAGCGAAAUGCUAAGCGAAAUGCUAAGCGAAAUGCUAAGCGAAAUGCUAAGCGAAAUGCUAAGCGAAAUCGAUUGCCAUCGUAUCGAAAAGAAAGAACCGUCAGCAAAGCCAACAACAACAGUAGUUAG